AUGCCACUGUGUGGGUCAUUCUCGUUGGAGGAGGCCACCAUUGACCAGAUGCAAGCUGCAAUGGACGCGGGGACCUUGACCUCACAGCAGCUAGUUUCUUGCUACAUUCAACGGACGUACCAGACGCAAGAGUAUAUCCACUCUAUUUUGCAAAUCAACCCGGAUGUCUUCCUGAUUGCCGAGAAGAUGGACACAGAACGAAAGGCUGGAAAGGUCCGCGGUCCUCUCCAUGGGAUUCCGUUUACAGUCAAGGACAACAUCGCAACCAAGGACAACAUGGAAACAACAGCUGGAAGCUUUGCUCUUCUAGGUAGCAUCGUUCCUCGCGAUGCUCAUGUGGUUGCUCGCCUUCGAGAUGCAGGCGCAGUCUUGUUCGGCAAGGCAGCGCUGAGUGAGUGGGCUGAUAUGCGCAGCAACAACUACUCCGAAGGCUUCUCUGCACGGGGCGGCCAGUGUAGAAGUCCGUACAACUUCACCCUUAACCCAGGUGGAAGCAGUACGGGAAGUGCUGUUGGUGUUGCUGUGAACGCCAUCGCGUUCUCGUUGGGCACGGAGACGGACGGGAGUGUCAUCAACCCUGCGGAGCGCAACGCCAUUGUAGGAUUCAAGCCCACGGUUGGCCUUACUUCUCGGGCUGGUGUCAUUCCCGAAAGCGAACAUCAAGAUUCUGUAGGAACUUUCGGACGUACUGUCAGGGAUGCGGUGUAUGCUUUCGAUGCAAUCUAUGGAAUCGAUCCACGAGAUAACUACACAUUGCCUCAAGAGGGCCAUACCCCAGAGGGAGGAUAUACGCAGUUUCUUUCAACAAAGGAAGCUCUGAAAGGGGCCACUUUCGGUCUGCCUUGGAAUAGCUUUUGGGUCUAUGCAGACGAUGAACAAAAGGAAGUUCUGGGAAAAGUCCUCAAGCUCAUCACCUCUGCCGGGGCGACCAUCAUCAACAACACUGAGAUCAUCAAUUAUGAGAGACUCGUCAGCCCUGAUGGCUGGGAUUGGGACUAUGGCACGACUAGGGGAUACCCGAAUGAAUCUGAGUACACCGUUGUAAAGGUCGACUUUUACAACAACAUCAAAACCUAUCUCUCGGAGCUGGAGAACACUGACAUGAAGAGUCUUGAAGAUAUCAUCGCAUUCAACUAUAACAACGAUGGAACCGAAGGCGGAAACCCUUGGCCACUCGGCACUGCCGCGUUCUACUCCGGCCAAGAUGGGUUCCUUGCAUCCCUUGAGUCGAAGGGCAUCAAGGACGAGACUUACAACCAGGCUGUCAAGUUUACACAGCAGUCGACACGAAACGGCAUUGACGGUGCUCUUGCAUCGACCAAUGGCUCAAGACUGGCCGGACUUCUGGUACCUCCCGACGUUGGCCAAACGUACCAGAUCGCUGCCCAGGCUGGCUAUCCUAUGAUCACCCUACCUGCGAGUGUCCGGUCCACAGACGGCAUGGGUUUUGGUCUCGCUAUUAUGCAGACUGCCUAUGGGGAAUCAGAGUUGGUCAGAUGGGGGAGCGCCAUUGAGGAUUUGCAGUUGACCACGGAAGGAAACCCGUACAAAAGGACUCUGCCAAAAUGGCAUGAGUACUUAACAAGGAACGUACCGGUCUUCUAA